AUGCAAAUUCGCAUACUCACGCUACACCCUGCCAAUCGGUCGCAGCCUUUAUCAGGAUCACUGCAGGUCGUCAAUCUUCGCGGUGGUCUUGGCUACGUGGCACUGUCGUACGCUUGGGGCGCUGUUGACAAACCAUGCACCCUACAGGUCGAUGGCCAGGCCCUACCCAUUGGACGCAAUCUUCAUGCAGCCCUGGUGCAAUGGCGGGAUCUCCUCGAGCCAACCUACCUCUGGGUGGACAGCAUCUGCAUCGAUCAGAGCAACUCCGACGAGCUCACGGAGCAAAUAGCUGUGAUGGGCCGCAUUUACAGCAGUGCCGUAAGCACUCUCGCCUGGCUCGGCAAUGGGUACGACGAUCAGACAAAUUGUCAGCUUUUCGACUUCUUGCUUUUCCUCUCGAACCACAACGCCUCUAUGCUGAUGAUGGGUCCACCGACUGAGCCGCCGCUCGAUGAAUUUUAUCGCUCCUACAAAUCCGCACGAACGGCAGACAGCAAAAGCCCUAUCAAGGUCACGCUAAUGCAAGACUUGCUGCACUUCUGCAAAAACCCAUAUUUCACGCGGAGAUGGGUCGUUCAGGAGCUUGGGGCAGCACAUCAUGUCCGUGUACAACUCGGUUCUGCUCAUAUCGAUGGCUCUUUGCUGGCGAACGCCUCCAUACUGCUCAACAAAGAAAGAUCACCAAUACGCGACAUCGAAGGGUUCAACGGGAUCAUGUUGGUGCUCCAGCGCAACAACGAGAACGUGCUAGAGCGACUGGAGAGGUUUCGGCAAUUUGAGUGCCGCGAUGAUAGAGAUCGCGUUGCUGCUCUGUUAUGGGCGCCUUGCCGGCUUCCCAGUGAUUCCUCGGGCUCGAGGGAGUUUCGGAUUGAGUAUGCACGAUCUGUGGACGACAACUACACAAAAUUUGCCUUGGACUUUCUCCAAUAUUCGCGUGACAGGCCAUCGAAUGGACGAUACAUGCUUUGCGCAGCCGCGAGGAGGCAUUGUAACGGAUCGCGCAGGCAUGGGACCUUGCCCAGUUGGGUUCCUGACUGGCGAGCUGAGCCGAUCUUGAACAUCGUCGAACUCGCACCCUUGCUUGACAAUUCUCCCGCGACCGUCCAUCGAGAACAUUCGCUGACUGUCACAUACCUUCGACCAAGUUUUAGUUCACGUCCAGAAAGCAUGACAGCCUUAGACAUUAAGGGGCGAGCAAAAGCGCUGCAUUUAUCAAUCAAUAGUGCCACCCACUCUACCAUGAUGGUGGUAGCAGACCCGAACGGUGUCCUCCAGGCACGCGACUGCGUGGUCGAUCUUCGGUUGGGGAUUUGGAGCCCUUCCCGAAUUAAUUUCGAGUCCUGGGCUGUUCACCCUAUUGUACUGCGACGAAAGAAUGGGAAUCACCACGGACAUGCGAUCUGGGAGGUAGUCGCUGGGCUCUAUCUUGAGGCAUCGCCAUUUCCUGGAAAUGACUCCGGCAAGGGAGUCGAGGUUUGGUAUGCUCAUGCCAAAAGUGAACCGGUAGUGCUCUACAUUGAAUGA